AUCAAAAGCAUAUGCUAUUGAAUAUAUAUUGAUUCCAAAUUUGACAUUAUAGCUUGAUUUCACUUCCAGCUUUUUUAUUUUCGAUCCAGGUUCUGGAGCGGGUGACUAUAUUUUCGGUUGAUUAUUGCUAAAAGUACAUGAAGUUGUAAAUUGAAAACCUUGGUUGUUAGCGAUAAAUCUUGAAUAUGGGUACGGAUAAGCAGGCUGUUGGUAUACUAGAUACAUUAAACAUGGAGACGGUUCGGACAAUUCUAACUCAUACAUACCCGUACCCACAUGAGCAUUCUCGCCAUGCGAUUAUUGCAGUAGUUGUCGGUUGUCUGUUUUUUAUUUCGUCAGAUAACAUGCAUACACUUGUUCAGAAGUUAGAUAACAAUAUCAAGUGGUGGUCUAUGUACGCGGGUUUACUUGGGUUUUUUUAUUUCUUUUCAUCUCCGUUUGUUGGGAAGACAAUUAAACCAAGCUAUUCGAACUUCAGUAGAUGGUAUAUAGCAUGGAUAUUAGUGGCAGCACUUUACCAUCUUCCUAGCUUUCAGUCCAUGGGAGUAGAUAUGAGGAUGAAUCUUUCAUUAUUUUUGACAAUAUUCAUCUCUUCCAUUUUUGUUCUCCUUGUUUUCCAUUUAGUAUUUCUUGGCCUUUGGUAUAUUGGUCUUGUUUCUCGUGUGGCUGGAAGGAGACCCGAGAUCCUGACUAUUCUUCAAAAUUGUACUGUAUUAAGUCUGGCCUGUUGUGUAUUUUAUAGCCACUGUGGAAAUCAUGCUCUGAAUGAAAAACCAUUUGGGCGAAAAGAUUCUGGGCUGUUUUCUCUUUGGAGAAAAGGAGAGCGGAGCGAAUUGCUGGCUAAAUUUCUCAAAAUGUACGAAUUCAAAGAUGAAGUAUGCAAGUCUUGGUUUGCUCCAGUUGGGUCUGCCCGUGAUUAUCCACUACUUUCUAAGUGGGUUAUAUAUGGAGAGUUUUCUUGCAGUGGACCAUGCGAGUCAUCAGAUGAAAUUUCUCCAAUAUAUUCGUUGUGGGCGACGUUUAUUGGUCUAUAUAUUGCUAAUUACGUUGUCGAAAGAUCAACAGGAUGGGCUCUUACUCACCCUCUAUCUGUCAAAGAAACUGAAAAGUUGAAGAAUAAGCAGAUGAAACCUAAUUUCUUGGAUAUGGUUCCUUGGUACUCAGGAACAUCAGCUGAUUUAUUCAAGACUGUUUUUGACCUCCUUGUAUCUGUUACUGUUUUUGUGGGGAGAUUUGAUAUGCGCAUGAUGCAGGCAGCAAUGAGUGGGGCUCAUGAAGUGGAUAAACAAGAAGGUUUUCUAUAUGACCAUUUUAGUGAACGGGAUGACUUUUGGUUUGAUUUUAUGGCUGAUACGGGUGAUGGUGGUAACUCUUCAUAUUCAGUGGCUCGACUUCUUGCACAACCUUCACUUCAUGCUUCACGUGAUGGUUCUUUAGUUAAAUUGCCACGUGGGAAUCUUCUUCUCAUAGGAGGUGAUCUUGCGUACCCUAACCCAUCAGCAUUCAAUUAUGAAAAGCGUUUCUUUCGUCCGUUUGAGUAUGCUCUUCAGCCACCUUCAUGGUAUAAAGAACAACAUAUAGCUGUAAACAAACCUGAAUUACCCUCUGGCGUUUCUGAGCUAACAAGAUAUGAUGGCCCGCAGUGUUUUCUUAUCCCUGGAAAUCAUGAUUGGUUUGAUGGACUUCAAACUUAUAUGAGGUACAUAUGUCACAAGAGUUGGUUAGGUGGAUGGUUAAUGCCCCAAAAGAAAAGCUAUUUUGCUUUGCAGUUACCAAAAAGUUGGUGGGUUUUUGGUCUUGAUUUAGCACUUCAUUCUGAUAUUGAUGAUUAUCAAUUCAAGUUUUUCUUAGAGCUCAUACAAGAAAAGGUUAAAGAAAAUGAUUCAGUUAUCAUUAUGACACAUGAACCAAAUUGGAUUCUUGAUUGGUACUGGGAUGACGUGACUGGGAAGAAUGUCUCGCACCUUAUUCGUGAUUAUUUACAAGGCAGGUGUAAACUUCGAAUGGCUGGGGACUUGCAUCAUUAUAUGCGACACUCAUAUGUUCCAUCAGAAAAACCUGCUAGUGUGCAACAUUUACUUGUUAAUGGGUGUGGUGGGGCGUUUUUGCAUCCUACACAUGUAUUUAGUAAUUUCAAUGAAGCAUAUGGAACAACUUAUGAGACCAAAUCAGCUUAUCCAUCUGUUGAAGAUUCAAGCCGGAUUGCUCUGGGCAACAUACUGAAGUUCAGAAAGAAAAACUGGCAGUUUGAUUUCAUUGGCGGGUUCAUAUACUUCGUCUUGACCUUUUCAAUGUUUCCACUGUGCAAGUUAGACCAUAUCCUACAAGAUGAUACAUUUUCUGGUCACAUAAGGAGCUUUAUUAGCACAGUGUGGGAGGUUUUUAUGUACAUGCUUGGUCAAUCAUAUGUAUCCUUUGUGGGUGCGAUGUUACUGUUGGUGGCUGCUGUCUCGUUCAUCCCGUCCAAAGUUUCCAAGAAAAAGAAAGUAAUAAUUGGACUUCUGCAUGUUUCAGCCCACCUUGCUGCAGCUUUAAUCCUUAUGUUGUUAAUGGAACUGGGUGUUGAAACCUGCAUUAGGCAUAAUCUGUUGGCAACAUCAGGUUAUCACUCGUUAUAUGAAUGGUACAGAACGGUGGAAAGUGAACAUUUUCCAGACCCGACUGGUCUUAGGGCUCGAAUAGAACAAUGGACUUUUGGCCUAUAUCCGGCAUGUAUUAAGUAUCUUAUGUCAGCUUUCGAUGUUCCUGAGGUCAUGGCUGUGACCAGGACUAGCAUAUGCAAGAACGGGAUGGAUUCUCUCUCUCGUGGGGGUGCAAUCAUAUAUUAUGCCUCUGUGUUUCUUUACUUUUGGGUGUUCUCGACUCCAGUGGUGUCUCUCGUCUUUGGAAGCUACUUGUACAUUUGUAUUAAUUGGCUUCACUUGCAUUUUGACGAGGCAUUUUCAUCACUUCGCAUUGCUAAUUACAAGUCGUUCACACGGUUUCACAUCAAGGAGAAUGGAGAUCUUGAAGUUUUCACUCUUGCAGUCGACAAAGUUCCAAAGGAAUGGAAGCUGGAUUCUGAUUGGGAUAACGAGUCGAAGCAAGCGCAUCUGUUGAGCCAUCACAGAAAAUAUCCAAGUAAAUGGAGGGCAAAUUCUUUUCAUCAGGACCCAAUCAAUAAUCUCCGGAUUGUUGAUCAUUUUGUUAUCCAACCAUCUAAAGCAGAACUAGGAGUAGAAAAUGGACAUGUUUCCCACGGAUGAAGUAUCUCUGUAUACCUCAAAGUAGUUUAGAAGCAUCGUUAAGUGCAUCCAUGGUAAGAAAAAAAUGAAAAGAACAGAAUAGAAACUAGAAAGAAAUGUAAAGUGUAGAUGGCCAGCCAUUUGGUCCAGAAAUGAUUUGGAGCACUUGCUUAUGUAUCCACCACAGUAUAUAUUUGUGUA